UUCUUUUUGUAGGAACAAGGUCCACUAUGUUGUCCAGGCUGGUCUCAAUCUCCUGAUUGCAGGAGAUCCUUCUGCCUCACCCUCCCAAAGCCUUGGGAUUGUAGGUGUGAGCCACCAUGUCUGGCCCCUAUUUACUUUUUUUCUAAAAGUGUUUUUCUACAUUUCAUAUUUAGAUCCUCAAUCUGUCUGAAAAUAAUUAUGUAAGAGCUUUUUAUUUUGAAAUAAUUUUAGACCUACCGAAAAAUUGAAGGACUAGUACAAAAAAUUCCAGUAUACUCUACCAGGAUUCCUCACAUUAACCUGUCAUGAUUAUCAUUUCCCUGUAUAUACACAUGUAUGCACACAUAGUUUUUCUUUAGCUCUUUGAUCAUGAACUGUAGACAUAAUCCUCCUUUACUGCUGAAUAUUUUAGUGCAUAUUUCCAGAAAAACAAGGGCAUUCUUUUUUAUAAUCAUAGUAAAUUGCACAAUCAGGAAAUUAACAUUGAUAUGAUGCUAGUAUCUAAUGUAUUGCCUUUCAUAAAAUUUCACCAAUUGCACUAAUGUCAGAUAUAGCAAAAGAGAAAAAAAAUUGUUUUCUAGUCUAGGAUCCAAUCCAGGAUCAUGUAUUGCAUUCAGUUGUUAUGGUUUUCAUUUUCUUUAAAUUUGGAAUAGUUUCUCACUCUGUCUUUUAUGACCUUGACAUUUCUAAAGAGUGAAAGGCGGUUAUUUGAUAGACUGCCCUCCAGAUUUGGGUUUGGUAGUAUGUCCUUAAUGGUUAGUUUGGGUUAUGCAUUUUAGGCAGGAAUACCACAGAAGUAUAGAAAUACGUGACUUCCAUCUUUUCCGUUGUGGGGGGUGUUAACUUCCUUUGGUUAGGGUAGUGAAGGCUAGAUUUCUCCACUGUCAGGAUACUGUGCUUCCUCUUGUAAUUAAUUAAGUGUCUUGUCAGAGAUACUUUGAAACUUUGUCAGUAUGUCUAUCCUCUUUCCCCCAGACUUUUCACCCUGGUUUUAGCAUCUAUUGAUAGUUCUAUCCCAAAUCAGUUAUUACUGUGAUUUUUGCAACACGACAAUUUUCUAAUUCUGUUAUUCCUUCUACAUGUAUUAGUUGGCAUUCUGCCACAAGGAAGAGUUUUUUUCUCUUAUUGUAAUUCAUAGAUUCUUAUUCAGUGGGCUACAAAUUAUUCAGAUCAGUUAGUUUUAUGCCUAGGUUAUCCCUUAUUUGGCCACUGGGAGCCCCUUCAGGCUGGCUCCUGUGUCCUUUUGACAUUUUCCUAUUACUCUUGGAGCACUUCCUUAAUUUCAAGCACAAUAACUUUUGUACCUUUCCAGCUCAGCCCUAGAAUCAGCCAUUUCUUCAAGGAGACCGUGUUCCUUUUAGCGGAGGAUAGUACUUAAAACCAAGACCUAGAAGUUAGAUGUGUUCAUUCAUUGCUUCUGGGACAGACACACACACACACACACACACACACACACACACACACACACACACUCCUAUGACAAUUUCUCUUCCUGUUUCUCCAUAUAUUUAAAUGUAUGAGUUCACACUGAUACUUCCAAUUCUAUUGACUUAAAAGGUUCAUAACAGCAUUUCCACAUUCUAUAAUUGUAAUUCAUUUAUCCAACACUGAAAAACCUGGCCUCUACCACCUACAUUUACUACAUUUACUUAUUUUCUCCACCCUAUAAUAUACAGAAAAUAGUUUUAGAAUUACCUGUACCGCUGUGAGAAACAAAUUUAUCAGUUGAAGUUUAAUAUUUGCAUACGCUUUGUCUUUGGCUUGAGAGUGUGAGGAUUUAUGGUCAAAAUACUACUGUGUUGACAAAAUACUUGGGUUAUGUUGUUCAUUUGAAAUAUAGUUAGAUCUGUUUGUUUCUAUCCUAUUCCAUUUUAGGCUUCUCCUAUCUUUAUUUACAUUUUAUUUAUUUGUUUAUUUUUCAGCAUAUGAAACACUAACAUGGCUCCAUGAGUCAGAACCAUAUGAGAAGAUAUAUUGAGAAGAGUGCCCCUCCCUUUCCCCCCGUUCUCUCUUACUGGGUACCCACCCACCGCAGAGGUUUAGCUUUUGUUUAUUCUUUUCAUGUUUCUUUUUGCAUAAAUGAGCAAAUACAUUUUUUUACUUCUCCUUUCUUACGCAAAAGGUGGCAGAAUACAUUCUUUUGCACUCUGAAUCUUUUCACUUAAUGUACUCCAGAAAUUUCUCUCCAUACCAAUUUGUAGCAGUCUUUCUUAUUUUUUAUUGCUGUUUAAUACCUCAUUGUAUUCACUGAAGGUACCGCAUAUGCUUUCCUGUGUAUAUAGGCAUGUAGGGCAGACCAGUAUUUAGCAAUAGAAAAGAAUGCUGCAAUGAAUAAUUAGCCUUGUGCAUAUGUAUUUGUCUUACUGGAGGUGUAUCUUAAGGUUAAAUUCCUAGAAGUGAAGUUGCUGGGCAAAAGGUGAAUACAUGUGUAGCUUCGUUAGAUAUUGCAUGGUUCCUUUCAUAAGGCUUAAGUUAAGGUGCAUUCCCAUCAACAACUAAGGAGGGUGCCUGUUUCCCCAUAUUCUUCCCAAAUGAGUGUGUUUACCAAUCUGAUAAGUGACAAGUGCUGCUCAAUUUGCAUUUCUCUCAUUAUGAGUUAGGUUAACCAUUUUCUGUAUGUGUGUGUGUCUGUGUGUGUGUGUCUGUGUGUGUGUGUGUCUGUGUGCGUGCGUGUCUGUGUGUGUGUGUCUGUGUGCAUGUCUGUGUGUGUGUCUGUGUGUGUGCGUGUCUGUGUGUGUGUCUGUGUGUGUGUGUCUGUGUGUCUGUGUGUGUGUGUGUGUGUAUGUAAACUGAUUGUGUGAUUCAUUCAUUUUGCUCAUUUUUCUUUUUCUGGUCUUUCCCCCUCAAUUUUAAAGCAUUCUGUACAUAUUAGGGACCUUAACCAUUUUGGUGAGAUACUGCAAAUAUACUUUCACAGUUUUUGUGUUUCAAUGCUACUUAUGAUGGUUUUUUGGUUGUGCAAAACAUUUUAACUUUUUUAGUUAAAAGGAUUUUUGUGUGUGUGUGUGACAGAGUCUCACUCUGGAGUGCAGUGGCACGAUCUUGGCCUCUACCUCCCAGGUUCAAGGGAUUCUCCUGCCUAUGCCUCCCGAGUACUGGGAUUACAGGCGCUUGCCACCGCACCUGGCUAAUUUUUUGUAUUUUUAGUAGAGACAGGGUCUCACCACCUUGGCCGGGAUGGUCUUGAUCUCUUGACCUCGUGAUCUGCCUGCCUCAGGCUUCCAAAGUGCUGGGAUUACAGGUGUGUGCCACUGCGCCCGCCCAGGAUUUUUUAUUUUUAAUAUUUUAAUUUUAAUGUAGUCAGAUCAAUCAAGUCUUUGUUUUACUAUUUCAGAUUUAAAAUCAUAGUUAGAAAACCUUGGACUUUAUAUUUGAUAUGGUGUGAAAUAGGUCUCAGCAUUUAUUUUCGCCCCCUUUGUAUAUACAUUUGACCUAGCACCAUUGCUGGAAAACUCUUGUUUUCUGCAUUUGCUGCUUUGGUUAUAAAUCAAGUGUCAAUAAAUACGCAGCUUCUUUAUGGACUCUGUUUCAUGGGCCAGCUGGGGGCCCAUGGAGAAUCAGCUAUUCAGCCAGGGACAAGGGCACGUCAGUGGGCAGAGUGCUAUAGAGUGUGGGAGUCUCUCCGGGUGGUUGCUGACCAAAAACAUCACUUUCAGGUUUUGUGACUCAGAAAUGAGCUCAGCCUGUACACCCGCAGAUGUGAUGAGCCCCAGGCCAAGUCCUCUGCGGGGGUCAUUAAUGGCGUGUGCAUGAGCAUUUUCUUCUGGUGUUUUUACAGAGACCGUGUGCAGCUGGACUCUCUGGAGAUAGCGAAUGGAAAUUCUAUUAUGUGUCCUAUCAGCUAAUGAAGGAGGGGAGCUUGCCUUGAGUUGUGCUUUUCUGCAACCCUGUGUGUUUGAUCUGUGUCUGCACCCAGUUUGGCCACCCUGACCUCUGUUGCUCCCAAGUCUGAGGAACCAGUGGCUAUGUGAAUAUGAAGUUGUUUGCUUGAUCUGUUUAUUUAUAUCUGAGCCCUGAGGUGGUCCCAUGUGUUGAAUAAGUGUAUUCUACAGAUGGUCCCUGGGUUCUGGGUGGUGAGUGGUGUGAGGAGGAACCGGACUCCAGCCUGUCCUAAGGAGCUUAUGAGAAGUUUUGAGGAGACUGGUGCCUGAAUGUGGGCUGUAGCGUAGGUGGCGUGUCGAGGAGGACCCUACACACGGUGAGUGGGAGAAAGUACCAGGGAGAAUGUCCCCCAGCCUAGGAGGGUGACCAGGUUAAGUCACAGCGGGGAUGGGGCUAUCAGAAUGGUGGGCUGUAAAGAACUGAGAGGGCUAAGACCCAGGGAGGCCAUCUGGAUGGGGAAGGUAUGAGCUGAGGCUCAGAAUGGAGCACCCAGAGCACCCAGGCUGAUAAGGUCACAGUGAGCACCAGGGGCUGUGCAAAGCGAUGAGCUUCAGACUCCUCAGUCGUGGGCCCUGAUGUCGGGGUGUGUGUGUGAGCCGGAGCCAUGGGACCAGGGCCAAGCCCACGUGCUGGACGGGCUUUGGGCCCCAGACACCCAGGGCCACCUAGAGCCUGCAGGAAAGUUGGGGAGUGGAGGGGCAUGGGUUGCGUGAACAGAGCCCUACCAUGCUCAGAGGAGUCAGUCAGUCGAGGUCAGCCUCCUCCCCUGACUCUGCAGCUGCACGUGGUCCCUCAUACUCUUGAGAAACCAGAGUGGACUGGAGACUGUGACCCAGUUCCCAUUUUCACCUCUUGGGUCUUCUCCAGAUUGUUUUUUUUUUGAAACAGAGUCUUGCUCUGUCACCCAGGCUGGAGUGUAGUGGCACAAUCUUGGCUCACUGUAGCCUUCACCUCCUGGGUUCAAGCAAUUCUCCUGCCUCAGCCUCCUAGGUAGCCAGGAUUACCAGUGUCCGCCACCACACCUGGCUAAUUUUUGUAUUUUUAGAAGAAACUGGGUUUCACCAUGUCGGCCAGGCUGGUCUCCAGCUCCUGACCUCAAAUGAUGUGCCUGCCUUGGCCUCUCAGAGAGCUGGGAUUACAGGUGUGAUCCACAGCACCGGGCCUUUUCCAGGUUCUGAAUUCCCUGAAAGCAGCAGUGCUAUUGCCCUGCCCUCUGGGACAGAAUGUUAGGAGUAAGCAGCUAAAUGCCUCCCUGAUUAAGGGGAAGAUGUAUAUUUCCACUGGGCCACUGGGUGGGAAGGACGUAGAUGUCCAAGCCCAUGUGUUCCACAGUGUAACAUGGGGACUGCAGAGAGGAAGGGACAUGUUUAUGUCCCAUGUGAGUCAUGGGAACUUGGAAUAUGAGGGUGUGCAUGUCACAUUUUUUCAGGGAGGGGUGUCUUAGUCACUUCAGGCUGCUAUAACAAAAAUACCAUAAACUGGGUAGUUUAAACAACAAACCUUUACUCCUCACAGUGCUGGAGGCAGGAGUUCAGUGUCUGCCAAGGGCCCGCUUUCUGGUUCAUAGCCAUCUUCUUGCUAUGUUCUCACCUGGUGUGGAAAGGAUGGGGCUGUCUCUGGGGUUUGAAAAGGGUACUAAUCCCAUUCACAAGGGUUCCAUCCUCCUGACCUAAUCACCUCUCCAAGGCACUACCCCUAAAUACCAUCACAUUGGGGGUUAGAUUUCAACAUAGGAAUUUUGGAGGAAUGUGAAGAUUCAUUCUGUGUGCUGUAAGGGGCAUCCCAGAGUGCCACCCCCACAUCCCCAAAGCUUUUGGACCUUGCAGGUGGCAGCUGACUCUCCUGGGGCUGGUGGGACUGGUGGCUGGAGGCCUGGCUUGUUAACCCACCUCUGAGGUCUUCUGGAUGCCACCUCCCUCAUACCAGCCAACCAGGUGGCCUCCAAGUGGUUUCUGUUCCAUGGCGAAGAGCUGCUGCUUUCUUAACACAAGGUUCCUCAAACCCUUGGCAUCUGGUCCCAGGUGACUCAGCAUCUCAUGGCUGCCUUCUCCCCACCUGCACCCUCAUCUCCACCCUGCUGCACUGUGGCUGAGCAGUAUAGGGCGCCAGGGGAUGUUUGUCUGCCCCGCUGCUGUGUUGCUGACUCAUGAGGCCUCUUUGGAAGAGGCUUGACAGGUGAAAGCGCCUGGUGUGGAUCUAGUCGCCCUAAUAGACCAGCCCAACCUUCUGAACAUCCCAGGCUUUCCUGGUACAGUCUCCACUUGCCAGCCAAGAGGAAAGCAUAGCUCAGGUGGUAUUCAGGCAAGAACAGGGCAAUGCACACUGACAAGCCAAGUUACAAAGCACUUCAUCCAGGGAGGAGCCACACGGGCAGAGUACAGCUUGUUAGCGGGUCUGGGUUCCCCUCAGGAGGACCAAGAAGGGGCUGACACCUGUUAGAUGCCUGCUGUGUGCCUGAUGCUAGCCUGAUGUGGGAUGUGACUGAAUGUCUAUUGCUCUCCUUUGCAGGGGGGCUGGUGAUGCCUGCACUGGAGGUAAAGAGGGUUGGACAGUGACCUUAGGCAGCCAGCUGGCGUCUGUCUGUUAAGCAAGGAGCAGGAAAUAGCCUCGUUCUCUACUGGCCUGUCUGGGAAGUCUGAGCAGAUUCUGUGUCUUGAAUAGUAUCCGAAUCAGCCCUGGCAUGGGGUAGCUGUGGAGGCAAGAGUGUUGGGCAGGGUGACCUGAUUGAGUCAAGCUGUUUUUCUACCACCUGAGGAUUUUCCAGAAGUCCCAGGCUCAGAGCCGGUGUCAGAUACCUCUGCGAGCCUUUCUAGUUCCACAUCUCUCCCAGGAUCGUGGAGUUCUGGAAGGCCUUUUCCUGGCGAUUGUGGUGGCAUGGCGAUGUGUCCAUGCUGCCCCGGUCUGUGAGCUGAAUCUCUUCAGAACAUACUUUUUUCAGAAGGAGCUUUCAGAAUGCAGCCUCUCACAUUCCUCAUCAGGACCUGCUCAUUUGGCUGGGCUGGCAGGUGGCUGAGUUGGCUCCCUGAGCCGGCAUCUAACAGCUGUGUCCAUGGAGGCAGGCCGGGCAUGUGAAUCUUGCCUCCUCCCACACCCUCUGGGGAAGCAGGAUAGGAGCUGGGCCUGGUUCCUGAGCCUGGAUUGAAAGUAACAGGUGGGAUCUGGACCAGGUUGUCACACCCGCAGCGACAGCUGGGAUUAUCGCCAUGGGUGGUAAUUCCCAAUGACAGUUUCGAGUUUCAGGUCAAGAGCCGGGUCCUCUGUCUCCUCUUGCAUCUGGACAGAGAGCUCCUCGCCGGCUGGUUUUCUGGCUCGUUCCUCUGCUGUUUUCUGUGGCCUGCAGAGUUUGUAGCCUCAGGGGAGUGAGGAAAGCUCCUCUGUGGCCUGACUUUUGCUGGAGAAGAGAAAUGUGGAAGACAGAGCAGUGGCCUUUGCAGUGAGUGGGUCCACUUUCGGCUGCUGAGAUGGGCAGCAUGAAGGCCAGCAUCCAGAGCCUGGCUGGCCUCUGCAGUGGACGAGAUGGACCAGAUUGCCGUGCCAGGGUCACCCGUGGACCUGCAGUGGCCUGAGCAGACACAUGAGCUCUGCCACAUUUCCUGAAGUGGAACCCUCAGCCUCACGCUGCAUCCCCCAGAAGCCAGGCAAGAGGAGGUCAUACGGUUUUCUGGAAAGGAGCAAAAGAGCAUGCUCUGAAAUGUUGCAGGUGGGAGCGCAGGACUAGGUGAGGCUUCCUGUAAUUAUGUUAAGUGAUGCUUGUGCUUCUCCGUGCUGUUUCCUCCCUCUGAUGGGGCCUGCUUGACACCUCGUAGGGAGCGUGGGUGGAGAGUGUCAUUAUCCCCAUUUCAUUGGUGGGAACAUUGAGAGAUGAAGCGAAGAGUUUCACUCAGGCCCCCGGGCCCUCUGGUUAUCCCUGUCAUCCUGCUUUGUUUUCUGUCUUGCUUUUUAGGGGGAUGAUUGAAGAAGGCCUUGGAGGUAGGGUAGGGGAAACUGGGAACAGAGGGAAUUUGAUUUCAUUUUCCAAAUACUUGUUUAAGAAUGGGAGAGUUCCUGGCCACAUAAACUGCGUGCACAGGUUUUCCAGGGGAAAAUCCAUUUGGGUUUAGACUUAGAGACGGUGCCACCUCCUGGUCUGUUCCUCAGCCUUUUGACAUUUGCCCACACCUGGAACAUCUUAAAUUCUGGAGCAGAAUACAAAAUGUCACUCCCCUGCCCCAGCUCACCCCUAGUUCAGCCCGCCAGGAUUCCUGAAGUUGGGGAUCCCCCUUCUUAGCUGUGGAAUUCGGGGUAUGUUGGUUCUACAUCCAAACCUUCAACCUUCGUCUGUAAAAUGACAUAGUGAUGGCUCCCUUGCAGAGGCGUGGGGAUUCGAGGCAGCACUUCUGACCCGUACCUGUUGCCAUUGCUGGUGUUAUCCCCCUGGCCCUGACUCAGGCUGGCGUCCUGGGCACCUGCGCAUCCACAACUCCAUAAGCCUCCCAGGAGCACUAUAGAUCAGGGUGACCCAGUAUUAGGACAGGGGUGGGAAUUGCAGACCAGCCCCCAGGACUGACCUAGGGCUAUACUCCUCCAGGGCUGGUGGGAACACAGGUGCUUCUUGUGUGUGUAUGUGGCUUGGGGGGGGAGUCCACAAACUGUCCCCUGGGCCAUCUCCUUUCCCUCAAUAGAAAGAACUCAGGUUGUAGAAUCAUUUGAGGGCCCAGAAGGGUUCAUACACACCUUGUCAAUCUGUCUCCAGCAUUGGGCUUUUCUGGUUCUGCCCAGCUUGUUGCUUUAGUACCUCAGUUUCCUCACCUGCAUGGAAGCCUCCUCCCCCCCACCCCCCGCCCACCUCUCAGCUUGGAUGAGGGGAGGAAAGCAAAGCCCCCGAGGCCCUGUGUAGGAAGGAGAGUCUGAAGGUGCAGGGGCUGCGCUCAGGAAGGGCUGGUUGGCUGGCAGUGUUGUGCAGGACAUUCAGAAUGUGACGGGGUUUCUUUAAUUUCUGACUUGUACAAGCACAAGAUACUCAGGUGGCUCUGGUCUUUUGUCUAGCAGGAGAGUCUGGGGUCAAUCUAUAACAAUUUAGCUUCUGAGCAAGUGCCCAAGAGAGCACAGAUAUGCUGCGUGGCUGAAGGGGGUGAGGCCCUGGGCUGCCUCCUACUCUGACCUUGUGCGCCUUGGUGUCUGCUCUUCCCCUCUGCCACUCCGAGUCUAGAACGUGGCAUGUGGACAGCUCCUCAAAGCUGGUGUCUGAGCUCCACAGUGACUUCAUUCACGUAAUAGUGUGCUAUGGCUGCGUAACAAAGAACCACGAACUCUGCAGCCCAAAUCAUAGAAAUGUAUCAUCUCACAGUUCUGAAGCCUAGAAGUAUGAGAUUGAGAUGUUGGCUGGGUUGGAUCCUUAUGGGUGACUGUCUUCAAGUUCACAUGACAUUCUCCCAAUAUGCCCAUCUCUCUCCAAAUUCCAUCCCCCCACCCCACCCCACCCCACACUUUUUUUUAAGAGACAGGAUCUCCCUCUUGCUCCAGUCCCAGGCUGGAGUGCAGUGGCUCAAUCAUAGCUCACUAUAGCCUCAGCCUCCUGGGCUCAGUGACCAAUCCUCCUGCCUCAGCCUCCCAAGUAGCUGAGAACUACAGGCAUGACCACCACACCUGGCUAAUUUUUGUAUUUUUUUUUUUUUGUAGAGACAGGCUCUCAUGUUGUUCAGGCUAGUCUCCAACUCCCGGCCUGAAGUGAUUCUCCUCUCUUGCAAAGUGCUGGGAUUACAGGCAUGAGCCACCACGCCUGGCCACCCCUUUUUUAAAGGACACAGUCAUAUUGGAUUAGGACCUAACCUAAUGACCUCAUUUUAACUUGGUAAAGACCCUAUUUUCAAAUAAGUUUAGGAGUUAGGACUUCAGCAUAUGAAUUUGGCAGGGAACAUGAUUUAGCCCCUAACACUGUACUUCUUUUCUUUCGUUUUAAAUUUGAAAACCUGGUUGAUCCUGUGUGCGUGCGUGCGUGCGUGUGUGUGUGUGUGUGUGUGUAAAUAACAUAAAAUUGACUAUGUUAGCCAUUUUUAGGUGUGCAUUUCAGUGGUGUUAAGUACAUCCACGUUGUCAUACAGAGGUCACCACUGUCCAUCUCCAGAACUUUUUCAUCUUCUCCAAACUGAAACUCCACUAAACACUAACUCCCUCUCCAGCACCUGACAGCCCCCAUUCUCCUUCCUGUCUCUGAAUUUGACUACUCUAGGAACCUUAUAUACAUGGAAGCAUACAGUAUUUGACUCUUUGUGUCUGGCUGAUUUCACUUAGCAUAAUGUCCUCAAGGCUAAUCCAAGUCAGCAUGUCUCAGAGUUUCCUUCCUUUUCGAGGCUGAAUAAUACUCCUUUACAAGUAUAUAGCACAUUCUGGUCUUGCAGUCACGCGUGGAUGGACACUGGGGUUGCUGCCACCUCUCGGCCAUUGCGGAUGGUGCUGCUGUGAAUGUGGUGAAUGUGCGUCUCCUCUCCUAUCCCACUCCAGGCAUCCUUCAGCAAGGGUAGCCCGAGACCAGGUUGGGGAAUAAGGUGGUUCUCUGCCCUCCCAGGCUUGCUGGGUGUCUGCCGGUGGCUGGGCCCUGGCCCCAGGCUCAGGGUGGUGACUGCCAGCAGGGGGAGGCCCCUCUUCCUGCCAUUUUUUGCCCUUAAUCCUCUGUGUUUCCUCUUUGGAGGAGCAGUGAGUGGGAGGGGAGGACCCGCAAGUGUGCAGUGGCCACAGCCCAAUUCCUGGCUGAGCACCUUUGCUGGCGUGGAGGGACCCCCACCAUUCACUUUCAGACCUCGCUCCCCAUGCUACUCCCACUCCAGGGCACUGUUCCCAUGCCAUCCUCUUUUGAAGGGCACUGCUCCACCUUCCCUACCUUUCCCCCUCCCACUAUCUUCCCAGGGACUCUUCUGACCAGUACCCUGCUGCCACAUCUGCACCGCGGGGACUAGAAAGCUCAGCGUCCCCUCUACUCUUCCUCCUCCUUUUGUCUUUGUCCUCUUAGCCAGACCCAUGAUCACUUUGUGUCAAUGCCCCCUGCCUGCGUUUUUCAACCAACACCAGGCCCACCUGGAGUGAACAUUGCAGAAGCCCCCAGCCCUGCCCCACCUCCUAUGCCACACUCAGAUGUGCUGCUAGAAUGUCACCUGUCCCCCUGCGGGCCCUAGGCUCCCCUCUUGUUCCAGACCCAGACACUUCCUAAAUCGAGCCCAAGUCCUGGGCCUGCAGCCCGAGGCUCCCCAUAGAGGCUCCCCCUACCUCCCUCUCCUCUCGCUGCCCUUUUCCCAGCUGUAUCUCCUUUCCCAGAGAUUGCUUCCAGUCCCCCUUAGCUCUUAGUGGCCUCUGGCUGGAUCUAGAAACCAAAGUGACACCAGGCACAUUAAUAGGAGAAAAACACAGAUGUCGUUGGUUUUACAGGGACAUAGGAUUCUUCUCCAGAGUCAAGUCCAGAGAAGUGGCCAAACAAGACCCUUUUUAGAUAACAGUAAGUUUGAGAAGUGGCAGGACAGGAGGGAACUGGCUACGGGCAGUAAACUCUGGGGAGUCACUGGGAGAUGCAUGAGGGGAAACUUGGUGGGAGAUAAGGGUUACUUUGUUAAGUAUAUUCAUUCAGGUCCACUGCAGCCCCCAAUUCCCAGUCUCAGAGGAUAAGGGCUAUUUUCUCUCUUGGUACAGGGAGGGCACCUCUCCCAGAGGAAUUUUUAUGGCUUGCUUUGUACAGCAAGAAGCAGGUCAGCUAGCCCUUUCGGAAGCUGCAGUCUCUAAUGUUGUCAGCUCAAGUCAGUGUACUGAUACAGCAUAUUUUGGAAUGGUGCUUCCUUCAGUCCUUCCCAGCCUUUCUGCAUUUGUAAGCCCCAGGAGAGCUGGCAGCUGAGUCGGCAGCGUGAGUCAGGGGUGGGACAUCUUUGUGGCUCCCCACCCCUGCUGGCUGAAGGCUCCGUUGGUCACAUUCUUCUCUCUGUCUCACAGGCUCUACCACUGCAAAGCCCUUCCAGACCUCUCCCAGGGGCUGGGUUAUCUCUGUCCUCAGACUCCAUGGCACCCAGUCCAGGCCAUGUCUUAGCGUCCUGUGGCUUCCUUAACAAUGCCAUAAGCUUAGGGGCUUACAACAACAAACAUUUAUUCUCUCCCAGUUCUGAAGAUAGAAGCCCAAUAUCUAGGUGUCAGCAGGGCCAGGCUGUCUCUGGAGGCUCUAGGGGAGGAUCUUUCCUUGCCGUUCCCAGCAUUUGAUGGCCCCGGCACUUCUCCAGUCUCUGCAUCUGCCUUCAAACGCCCUCCUGUGUGCCUGUCUUCUGUCUCUUUAAAUAUACUUGUCAUCAGAUUUAGGGUCCAUCAUGUGAUAUUGUGAUAUAAUAAAAAUAUGUAGAUUUGGUCUUCUGGUUUCUGGCACAGGCUCCUAAAAUCAUUAUAAUUUCCUGCAAUGAGGUGAUAGGUGCAUCUUUUGUUACUCAUACAAGCCCUUUUUUGUGGGACCUGAGGUUAUGCUAAUGAGGUGAUGAUUGAUGGGCAGGCCCCCAGAUAGCUGUGGGAUGGGGCUGGUUGCCAGAGGAACCAGCCCUGUGAUUCGAAGGUUGGAAGUUUAGCUCUGUCCUGAACUCUGGGGAUGGGGAGGGGGUGGAGAUUGAAUUGAUCACCAGUCUACAGCCCUGCCAGGCUGACAAUGCCUGAUCUCAGCUGAAUGGAUCAUCAGUGGCCAGUGAUUUAGUCAGUCUUGCCUACCUAGUGGAACCUCCAUGAAAACACUAUACUCCAAGAGCUUUCAUAUUGGUGAACACAUGGAGGUGCUGGGCGGGCAGUGCCCCAGAGGCCAUGGAAGCUCCCCCCAGCAGUACACACUCUGUCACCCUGCCCUGUGCUUCUCUUCUGUUUGGCUGUUCCUGAGUGGUAUCCUUUAUAAUAAACUGGUAAACAUGAGUAAAGGGCUUUCCUGAAUUUUGUGAGCUGCUCUGCUCUAGCAAUUUUUUUUUUUUUGAGAUGCAGUCUUACUCCAUCGCCCAGGCUGGAAUGCUGUGGUGCGAUCUCGGCUCGUUGCAACCUCCACCUCCUGGGUUCAAGCAAUUCUCCUGCCUCAGCCUCCAGAGUAGCUGGGACUACAGGCACAUGCCACCAUGCCUGGCUAAUUUUUGUAUUUUUAGUAGAAACGGGGUUUCACCAUAUUGGCCAUGCUGGUCUCGAACUCCUGACCUCAGGCCAUCCACCUGUCUCGGCCUCCCAAAAUGCUGAGAUUACAGGCGUGAGCCACCGUUCCCGGUUCUAGAAAAUUAUUGAACCUGAGGAGGGGGUUGUGAGAACACCCCACCCCCAGCUUUAGGGUCAGUAGGUCAGAAGUACAUGUGUCCCAGACUUUGCCCCAGUGCCUGAAGUGGGGGCAGUCUUGUGGUACUGAGCGCCUAACCUGUGGGGUCUGACACUCAUUCCAUGUACUUACUGGCAGAAUGGAAUUAAAUUAUAGGACACCUGGCUGGUGUCCAGAGACGGGGAGGAUUGCCCGGUGAAAGGAAUAAACCCACAUACAUGUUGUCAGGAGUGUUCUGGGAGAAUAGAAACACAUCAUAGUAGUAGUGGUCGGACGAUCUAGGGUGAGCUCAUCGCAAGGCCUUUAACCUCAUUAUAUCUGCAAGGCCUCUUUUUCCAGGUAAGGUCACACUUGCAGAUUCUAGGGUUAGGAAUGAACGUGUUCCUUUGGGGGCCCACAACAGUGGGCUUCUCACCUUGGUGUUCCUCCGGGGAGCCAGUGUGUGCCUCCCCCUCUCUCAGGUUCUGGCUCUGUGGUUAUUUCCUCAGGGACAGGCCCUGCUGUCCUGCCUGGAUUUGUCUGCCUCCCUCCUGCAUGUACUCCGGUGCCAGCUGCCUCUCCCUUGGCCUUGGCAUGGUUGCUGUGAUGCCCAUGUCACAUGACUUGGUGGAUUCCACUGGCUCCCGAGAGCAGGGGCUGGGUGUGCAGUGCUCACCGUUGCAUACCCAGCACAGUGCCCUAGAUGUAUUAGGUACUCAGUACAUUUGUCUGGGGCUAAAUCUUCAGGGCCUCCAGGAAGUCUUUCUGAGCCCCUGAGUCCUAAAAAGCCCAGGUGCUGCUGAGGAGUAAUGACUAUAUCAUUCUGGGGCCGAGGGCGGCUGCCUCUUCCCAGCUGGGAUUUCAGCCUCUGUCUGCCCUGUGCCUGCACCAGGAGGAGCAUCAAAGCCUGGAGCAUCAAAUUAUUUUUGCCUCCUGGAAUGACUGGGAGCCUUAGGCACAGCUGGGUCCUUGGAGACUCGGGAGGGUCCUUUAACAGUGUUGUGGAUGCUGAUGGAGAGGAGGCGGGGUUCUCACCUGCCCAUACUGAGGCACCCUCCGUUUGUAGAGGAAAACAGCUGUCUUUAGUGCCCCCCAAAAAAUUGCCAGCAAAGUUGACCUUCUGGUGAUUGAGUCUCCAACCAGCUCAGCCUUCAAGCGGGCAGAGCCAUCAGGCUGGUUGCACGGGUUGGGCUUUCUCCUCCAAGAAAGCUCAGAGCUAUAAAUACCUGUUUCUCGUUCUCAGUGUCUAGGGUUGCCUGGGGAGCCAAGGCAUCAGGGAGCAGGGCAGGCUCAGGCCCUUCCCGACUGACAUUUUCCAGCCUAUGGGGUGGGGGCCUUGGCUAGCCUGGUGGCUUUCUUUGUGGCACAUGCUGAUUCAUGACCCUGAGCUCUAUCUGGGCAGCUGAGGCUUUCGUUCUUGGGUGCUGGCCUGGUGAUGUCAUUGUUGGGGUACAGCAUGAGGGCUGGGAGGCCACGGGAUCCUAGGGUGCUCUCUGUGCACCUGCCCACCACAGAACCAAGGGCCCUGGGGGCAGGCCUUUAGCCAGGGUGCAGUGGCUAACUGGAUAGAGGACGUCUCAUUUAUAAAGAAUUUUGUGGCCGCGCGCGGUGGCUCACGCCUAUAAUCCCAGCACUUUGGGAGGCCGAGGCAGGUGGACCACGAGGUCAAGAGAUCAAGAACAUCCUGGUCAACAAGGUGAAACCCCGUCUCUACUAAAAAUACAAAAAUUAGCUGGGCAUGGUUGUGCGCACCUGUAGUCCCAGCUACUCGGGAGGCUGAGGCAGGAGAAUUGCUUGAAUCCAGAAGGCAGAGGUUGCGGUGAGCCGAGAUCGUGCCAUUGCACUCCAGUCUGGGUAACAACAGCAAAACUCUGUCUCAAAAAAAAAAAGAAUUUUGAGCCCCUUGUUUGGAUGCAAGAAGGGGCAGCUGCCAGACUGGCAGAGGAGGAUUAAGUAGAAAAACCACCAGAACCAACUGUGUCUCUGAAAGCACUCACUGCCUGUGGGUGGCCUGGGAUUAUGGUCAGGCUGUACUGACGUCCAUCUGGAAGGAUACUCAGCCCUUGGGAAAUAGCGGAAUUAUGUUCCGGGUUCCCUGCUUAAGAGAGGAAAACAGGUCAGUUUUUUAAAAAAAAAAUGAGGUAAAAAUCACAUAAUGUAAAAUGAAUCAUUUUAAAGUGAGCAAUUCAGUGGCUUUUAGUGCAUUCACAGUGUUGUGUAACCAAUAUCUCUAUUUAGUUCCAAAACAUUUUUGUCACCCCAGAAGGAAACCCCAUGGCCCAUUAAGCAGUCACUGACCUACCUUCUCUUUUUAUGGAUUUACAUAUUCUGGACAUUUAGUAUCAGUGGAGUCAUACAACAUGUGGCACUUUGUGACUGCCAUAUUUCACUUAGCAUCAUGUUUUCAAGGUUCAUCGUGUUGUAGCAUGUAACAAAAUUUCCUUCCCUUUAAAGGCAGAGCCAGGUGCAGGGGCUCACACCUGCAAUCCCAGCUCGUUGGGAGGUCUAGGUGGGAGGACCACUUGAGGCCAGGAGUUCAAGACCAGUCUGGACAACAUAGCGAGACCCCUGUCUCUACCAAAAAAAAAAAAAAAUUUAGCUGGGCAUAAUGGCACACAUGGGAUCUUCCAAUGCGCCCUUUUCACACACAGGCUCCCGCAGCCCGGCAAGCCAGCUCUCCAAACCGUGGUGCUGUCCCAGUGACGCCCGGGCCCUCUCUGUCCCCCUGCUCCAGCUGGGGGUGUUUGCCCUGGAGAGACACUGAGCCUUAGGGACAGUGGUUUCCAGCCACGUGGCCUUAUGCUGGCUUUGGGAUGCAGUCAGGACCGUGGCCCCAGCCCACCCUUGCCAUGUGCCCUGGAGGAUGUGAGUCCGGUGGACUGUGCGGGGAAGCUUGGGCUGAUUUCAAGGCUGAGCAUCCUGUACUCUGAGCCGGGUACCAGGCUGCUGAGCACUUCUGAGAGGGACGUCUCCUGGGCAGGCAGUGACCUAUGCCACAUGGCCUCCCAGCUCCGUGCUGGUGUUGUGUGGACUGGGAGGGCAGGGACUGGGUGAUGGGGACUGCAGAGCAGGGCCUGAGGUGCUGCGACAUGCUGGGGUGCCUAUGGAUUAGGGUUUCUCUCAGGGGAGAGCUGCAUGGGUGGGUGAGGGUUUGGAGGCUGUGGUGACAUCAGAAGAGUAGCCUAGAAUCAUCUGUCCAAGCCUCCCGGGCCUGCAGUCCACACCCAGAGGGGCCACGUCCUCCCCAUAGCCAGGCCUGGUCCUCUCAGUGUGGCAGGCCGGCAUGUGGGUGCUACAGGCGUCCAGUGUGACACUCGGUGGCCUUGCUGAAGGCCAAAGGUGCCCCUGAGGUGGGCUGUGGGAAACCGCUGCUGGAGAGGCAGCUGCAUUUCUGGCACACAAGGCAGAGUGGGCCGGGUCUGCGGCUUCUGAGCGGAGCAUGGGGUGCCCUCUGCUGGUAAUGGCGAGAAGCUCAGCGCCUUUGUAUGGAGAAGGCUGCUGACCAUCCAGCCCCACAGGGAAGGUGCCUGAGACCAUUCCUCCUUGGCAGGGAGGCUCUUUCUUGUGUCCCUGCCAAGCAGACAUCCUGUAGUCCUUCUCUAAGGACCUCAGUGCCCUAGGAUCCUACCCAGACCUGGUCCCUGCUGCAGACCCAGCAGUGGGGAUUACCCGGCUUCAGCGCUCCAGCUCUGCCUGACAUUUCUCCAGGGGCACAUGCUGUUUCUUGCUUCCUGUGGGUGCUGUCACCAGGCGGCCGUCUGCCCUUGGCAGGCGGAGUGUGGGUGAGUGCCUAUGAGUCACGGCCUUGGCACUCCGGCAACCUUCCUAGCCUUCCACUUAUGGGCACCAGCGACCCCUACAUAAGUCAUUGUUCCCCCUCACCAGAGCCGGCUGGCUGUCGUGAGCCAAGCUGCUUAUGAUGGUGAUAUGCAGCCUCCACCCCUGAGAGUGUCGGAGGCCUGGCACCGACUGUACAUGCGAAUGGGGAGCUCUGCUGCCUCCAGCCUCAGAGUACAGGAGAGUUGAGAGAGACAGAGGCUCCCUGAGAAGAACCUCAGGCUGCAAGACAGCAGUGCGCAGUGCCUGGUCUGGCCCCAGAACCAGCCUGGCUCACCCAGAGCACAGGACCUCAUCACUUCUCGAGAUGGGGACAGGUGCAGCUCCUGUGGGGAAACACUGAAUUUUCAUACCCUCUGUUGCAUGUGACUCCCCUGCAGACCCUCCGGCUCUCAGUACAGGGCGGGGGUCAUCCUCCCUGUGAGCCUUCCCUGAGACCAGGGGGCUGGAUGCCCGCCAAACACUUGGUCUUUCUCCCAUGAGGUUGUGGGCUCCUGAGUGUAGAGACCUGUGAAUGCUGCCGCUUGCUCUCUGCUGCCUGGGACAGAGUGUGGGCCUCGCUGAAGCUCAGUUUUCUCAUUAAGGAACUGCCUCCAGGCUGUUGUAGGGAUUGGAUCAAAUAGUUCAGGCGACGUCCUCAUGCAGUGCUCUGGUCCCGGCAUGGGGAAGGCUGCUGCGACAGCCUCUCAUCCAGUGCCCAACGCUGUGAGGUACCAGGCAGGGGUGACAUAACCUAGACAUGCCCAUUGAGGAGCCUCUUGAGCAAGAAGGACCAACCCUUGCCUUUCAGAUACAGAACAAGAGGCAGAAAGGGGCGUGGCUUCUUAGGAGCCUGUGCCCCUGCCCUGCACUCCCCACCUGCGCGCCACUUUAACCCUGCUCUGAGGCUGCGCGUGUCCAGGCAGGUGUCAGAGGUGUGGCCCCUGCACACCAGGGACCCUGCCCAUCCUGUCUAGUUGGGAGGACUAGGAGUUCCAGGCAUGGGGCCCCGGUUCCUGCUGCCCUCAGAACCAGGCCCGACCCUUUGCCAUGACCUCGAGGGCUGCCACUUCCAGAGUGCACCGGGCCCAUCUCCACCCACAGACCACACUGAACCUCCAGCCCCAAGCUCUUCCCACCACAGGGCCUGUGCCUGACAUGGUCCCUCUACAGAAAGACCUGCUCCUGGCACGGCUGGCUUCUUGCCAGUUCUAGAGCUCCACCUGCCACCCCAGAGAGGCACUGGCUGCCCUGUUUAAAGCGGGUCGUUCCAUCACCCAUCUUCACAGCAGACCCUUUGCUUGGCUGUGUGCCUCUACAGACCCACAGUCGUUACCUCCCCCCUCCUCUAUCCUCCCACUCUCUUCCAAAGGCUGAGCACACAGGAGGGACUGGGAAAUUUGUUGAACAGAGAAGUUACACGUAAGCCCUGAUCUGUCAGCAGGACUGUGAGAUGAACAAAACCUUCUGGAAACACCGGCAGCUGCUGAAGGACAGCUUCAUGGUGGAGCUGGUGGAGGGGGCCCGCAAGCUGCGCCAUGUCUUCCUCUUCACCGACCUGCUUCUCUGCACCAAGCUCAAGAAGCAGAGCGGAGGCAAAACCCAGCAGUAUGACUGCAAAUGGUACAUUCUACUCACGGAUCUCAGCUUCCAGAUGGUGGACGAAUCGGAGGCAGUGCCCAACAUCCCCCUGGUGCCGGACGAGGAGCUGGACGCUCUGAAGAUCAAGAUCUCCCAGAUCAAGAGUGACAUUCAGAGAGAGAAGAGUUACACGUUCCUGAUCUCCUCUGGCUAUGAGCGUGCAGAGUGGAGGGAGAAUAUCCGGGAGCAGCAGAAGUGUUUCAAAAGCUUCUCCCUGACAUCCGUGGAGCUGCAGAUGCUGACCAACUGGUGUGUCAAACUGCAGACGGUCCACAGCAUUCCACUGACCAUCAGCAAGGAAGAUUAUGAGUCUCCGGGGCUCUAUGGGUUUCUGAAUGUCAUCGUCCACUCAGCCACUGGAUUUAAGCAGAGUUCAAGUAAGUACUGGUGUGGGGAGGAAGGUUGCACGGACCGAGCCAGGUUCUCCACCCAGGAAGGACUAAUCGGCCAGGGUGUGGGGAAGCAGGGAGGUUGUUCAAAUGACCACGGGACACCUUUGAUCACUGGCCGCAGUGGAGCGUUGGUGCUGGUUGAUGCCUUCUGCGUGUGGAAUUGUUUUUCCCGGAGUGACCUCUGCCGUCUCCCGAGCCUGUCUCAGAUCCUGGGAGCCGGUGAGCUGACCCUUGCAGGUGGAUUGUGUGAUCGCAGGGGUUUGACAAGGAGUUUGACAGGCAGGAGCUGGAAAGCCCAGGAGUCUUGGGUCCAAACCAGGAGGGCAGUCAGCAAACAGUAAACCUUCACCCCACAGCAGAGCAGAUUUGGCUGCUCUGUCAAGCUGGAUGAAUAAUACUCUUUUUUUCUUUUAUUUUCUGAGAUGAGGUCUCAUCCUGUCACCCAGGCUGGAGUGCAACAUUGCUAUAUCGGCUCACUGCAACCUCCACCUCCCAGGUUCAAGCAGUUCUGCCUCAGCCUGCCAAGUAGCUGGGAUUACAGGCACGUGCCACCACACCUGGCUGAUUGUUUGUAUCUUUAGUAGAGAUGGGGACCAUGCUGGCCAGGCUUGGUCUUGAACUCCUGACCUUGUGGUCCACCAGCCUCGGCCUCCCAAAGUGCUGAACUUACAGGUGUGAGCCAUUGUGCCCAGCCCCCAAUACUCUUUUUUACCUUGCCCUCUAAGUGGGGUUCUCCCCCAGCUGCUGGAGCCGUCAGAACAGUGAAGACUAGGUAACACAUCAGUUGCACUAUAUAAGUUUCUAGAAGCCAGGAGUGGUGAUUUAUGCCUGUAAUCCCAGCACUUUGGGAAGCCGAGGCAGGCAGAUCACUUGAGCUCAGGAGUUUGAGACCAGCCUGACCCAACACGGUGAAAUCCCGUGUCUACUAAAAAUACAAAGAUUAGCCAGGUGAGCUGGUGGGCACUUGUAAUCCCAGCUACUUGAGAGGCUGAGACGGGAUAAUCACUUGAACCCACGAGGCGGAGAUUAUAGUGAGCCAAGAUUGUGCCACUGCAUUCCAGCUUGGGUGACGGAGCAAGACUCCAUCUCAAAAAAAAAAAAAAAAAGUUUCUAGAAACAGCAAAAUGUGGAGACAGAAAGCUUACCGGUGAUCGUUGAGGGAUGGGGUUGGGAGAAAGAACUUACUGCGGACGAACCCAAGGGGACUUUUUAGCUGAGAGCAGUGUCGUGAAAAGAUUGGGGUGCUGUUUGCCCUGGUGUUUAAAUUUGCUAAAAAUCCUCAAACCCUACACUUGGAAUGAAUAAAUUAUAUGACAUGCAGAUUACACUUCCAUAGCAUUGUAACACAUAUCAACUUUCCCCUGGACCCCGUCUCUGGCGGCCUCAUAGACGCUGGUGUUUCCCUCAAGGACCUUCUUCCAUCCCUGCCUCUCCUCCCGGGUCCUGUCUGUGAGCAGUGCAGGAUGAUACCAUACGCUGCCCUGGGGUCCUGGGCUUAUCUCUCCUUGCCUCCCUGUUACCUUUCUUUCUAUCUCUUCAAUGUCCCAUGCACUCAGCCUUGCAUCCCCAAAGGAAACCUAUUAUUCACAGCCCCCAAACGUGUUCCUCUAUGUCCUGUUCCUUUGAGGGGCACCACAAUCCACCCCGUGGCCACACCAGAAACUGCCAUCCACUUUCCCUCUGUUAAAUGCCGUUCUCCAUCAGUGAGGUUUCUUGAUCGUGUCUGGCUGCCUGGCCAGGCCCUGGCUGUGGCCUCCUUCCUGGUUGUAGCUCUGGAUGUCACUGCAGAAAGGGUCCCCACCACGAGGCCUCUCCACCCCCCUUCUCGGGUGGUUUUUCUUUUUUCUGAGAUAGAGUUUCAUUCUUACUGCCCAGGAUGGAGUACAAUGGCACUAUCUCAGCUCACCGCAACCUCCAUCUCCUGGGUUCAGGUUAUUCUCUUGCCUCAGCCUCCCGAGUAGCUGAGAUUACAGACACGCACCACCACACCCAGCUAAUUUUGUAUUUUUAGUAGAGAUGGGGUUUCUCCCUGUUGGUCAGACUGGCCUUGAACUCCCAACCGCAGGUGAUCCACCCGCCUUGGCCUCCCAAAGUGCGGGGAUUACAGACAUCAGCCACUCAGGUGGUUUUUCUAAAAUACAAACCCCACCCUGCCACUUACUGCCCACAGCCCAGCCCCGCUCUCCCCCAGCCUCGUCUCCCUCCCUUCUUCCUACACCCCACGGCUUCCCCAGCACCGAGCUGCUUCCCAUGCCCCACAGUGGCCUGGGGGGCCCUUUGCCUUCGCUCUUUGCCCGGUAAUACUUAGAGCGGGGUCUGCUCUGGUUGUAGGAGCUUCCCACAUCCCCCAGGAUGGCUGGCCUCUGCCGUGGUGUCUCUAUGGCUCACAUCCCCUGUGUAACGAUGGCGUGUACGCCUCUCUGUCCCCACCACUGCAGGGCCCUUCUCAUUGUAGGGGCUUUAGCUGUGGUUUGUGGACUGACUGCAUGAAUGAAUGUUGUGCGAGGCCCCGUUUCCCAGCUGCACCCAGGGGAAUUUUACAGAUCAGGCAGGAGUAUAGCAUGAGGUGCUGGUGUUCAUGCCAGAACCCCAUUUGGUGUUUUAUUUUUUAAAAGAAAGCUAACACCUUUGUUUUUUCCGGAUUCUUCAAGUAACACCUGCUCUUAUAGACCAUGUGGAUGAUGUGGAAAAGAGCUGCCUUCUCCAUGUCCCUUU